CAUUUGCUGAUGUUUUUCUGCCUGAGUCAGAGACCAGCCACUUUAAUUUUCUCCACAGCUUAAUAAAGGAUCUCUGUGAAAAUAGGUGUUAGGAUGUGGUUUGUGCCUAAUCCGGGGUCAGGGAGGGAGCACCCUGCUGUGGGCGGAUCCCUUCAGUUUUAAUAUUGCGUUUUGGGAAUGGAACAAAAACAAAUCAAAAUUUAGGGUGUCUGUGCGUUUUUAGCACAGAAAGCGGAUAUUUCAAGAUGAGCACGUAGGCAGGAUAAUUUGUAUCAGAUGGGGUCAGAGCUCAGGGUCAGAGGCUGGGUUGCAGCCUCCUCCUAGAUGCAGUUCUGGUCUAGGCUGGCAGCAAGCAUGUGGGGAGGCUGUGCAGAGCGGGUCCAGGGCAGCCUGACAGCUGGAGCUGUGUGGAAGGCAGCCCGAGACGGAGUGGGCGGGGCGAGGCUCGGGGAGGGAGGAGGGGGGGACUCACCCACGCAGAGGGAUGAUGAAGAAAAGAGAAAAGCUCAGUGUACUGGGAAAACUAAUUAAGAAAGGGAAAGCGUCUGACCUGAGCCAGUUUAGAAGAGCCACGUGACCAGAUCCGGGUUGUAGUGGGCGGGACCAGGCAUGAGCUCUAAGGAGUUAGUCAAGAGUGACAGGAAAAUCCUCCAUUCACUGUGGGAACUCGGGGAGCCGCGUAGUCCGGAAUCCGGGGCGGAGGACACUGGCUUCCCUAGGAGGACAUGAAAACUCCCGGUAGCCACAGGUGCCACGUCCGGUGUCCUGGGAAAGUCACCAGUCAGCAGCGCAGUGGCGGGAACCGCAGCCCGGCGGCCCUGGAACCUCCCAGGGUUUGUUGACCUUCAGUGGUGUGACUGUGGACUUCUUGUGGGAGGAGUGGGAAUGCCUUGACCCUGCUGACAGGGCUUUUUGCAGAGAUUUCCUGUUGAAGUGCAGCAGUCUGGAUUCUGAGGGUCUCACAUUGCUCAGCCAGAUGUGCUCACCUCUGAAGCAGAACAAAGAACCCUGGAUGGUGAAGAGAGGAGACAGUAGCAAAGGACCCAGAAGAGUUCCAGUCUUUGUUCCUAAGACAGAAACUCAGAGAAGAGCAACAGGGAAAAUGGAUGCUUCUCCAAUAAAUGUUCCCCAGGGUCUGUUGACAUUCAGGAAUGUGGCUGUGGUCUUCUCCCAGGAGGAGUGGGAAUGUCUAGAUUCUUCUCAAAGGGCUCUGUACACAGACGUAAUGUGGGAGAAUUACAGCAAUCUAGUUUUUGUAGAGAACCAUUGCAUAUGUAAAUAUGAGAAGGUCUUGGAUCAAGGCUCAAAGCAUAUUGUCCACCAGCAUGUGUAUAUCCAAGAGAAGUCUCACAAAUGGUCUGACAAAAUGAUUCAUGAAUCCUCCCAAUGUAUUCCUUAUAAAACAAGUGAUACCACAGAAAACUGCCAGAAUUUCAGAAGUGGUAACCACAGGUAUAACUCUGUUGAGUCAUCAAACCUGAAGAGACAUGGAAGUGGGAACACUGUAGAACAACAAUACAAAUGUAAAGAUUAUGGGGAGUGUUUAAAUUUGUGUUCCACCAUUAGCCAGUAUCAAAGAAUCCACACUGGAAAGAAAGAACCCAAAAAUACAGAAUAUGAUGAAAUUCUGGACGUUAAACAUGAACUCACAUUGAAACAAAUCCAUAAUGGAAAGAAACCAUACCAAUGCAGGAAAUGUGGAAAAUGCUUCAGGACCUAUUUAAUCCUCAGUAGACAUCAGAGAACUCAUCCUGGAGAGAAACUCUAUAAAUUUAUAGAGUGUAAUAAAUCCUUUCUACAUUUGUCACACCAGAAAGUACACCACAAAAUCCAUUAUGGAAAGAAAACCUAUAAAUGUACAGAAUGUGGCAAGUGCUUUUAUCAUUCAUCAGGUUUUAAAAGACACUAUGGAAUCCACACUGGAGAGGAGACUUACAAAUGUAAAAAUUGUAGAAAAUCCUUUAUCUGUUCCUCAGGUCUUAGAAAACAUGAGAAAAUUCGUGGAAGAGGGAGGCCUUAUAAAUGUAAACAGUGUAGUAAGGCAUUCUAUAAAUUGUCACACCUUGAAUACCAUUACAGAACCCACAGUGGAGAGAAACUUUACAAAUGUAAUGACUGUGGCAAAUUCCUUUCUACCUCCUCAGGUCUUAGAAAACACCAGAGAAUUCAUACAGGAGAGAAAAUUUACAAAUGUAGUGAAUGUGAGAAAUCCUUUACCUUUCGAACAUCUCUUAGACUCCAUCAAAGGAUUCAUACUGGAGAGAAACCUUAUAAGUGCAAUGAAUGUGACAAAUCCUUUAUCCAGAAAGUCAACCUUAGAACACAUCAGGCAAUUCAUACAGGAGAGAAACCUUACAAAUGUACUGAAUGUGAGAAAUCUUUCACUGUUGGCUCAGGUCUUAGAAGACAUCAGACAAUUCAUACUGGAGAGAAACCUUACAAAUGUAGCGAAUGUGGGAAAUUCUUUACCAUUGUCUCAGAUCUUAGAAAUCAUCAGAAAAUUCAUACUGGAGAGAAACCUCACAAAUGCAGUGAAUGUGACAAAUGCUUUAUCUGGAAAGCUGAUCUUAGAACUCAUCAGAAAACCCAUACAGGAGAGAAACCUUACAAAUGUAGUGAAUGUGACAAAUCCUUUUCCACUUGCUCAGGUCUUAGAAGACAUCAGAAAAUUCAUACUGGAGAGAAACCUUACAAAUGCAGUGAAUGUGAGAAAUAUUUUGUCCAGAAAGCCAACCUUAGAAGACACCAGAGAAUUCAUACAGGGGAGAAACCUUAUAAAUGUAGUGAAUGUGGGAAAUCCUUUAAUACUGGGUCAUAUCUUAGAACACAUCAGAAAAUUCAUACAGGAGAGAAACCUUACAAAUGUAGUGAAUGUGACAAAUAUUUUAUCCAGAAAGCCAAGCUUAGAAUACAUCAGAAAAUUCAUACAGGAGAGAAACCUUACAACUGUAGUGAAUGUGACAAAUGCUUUAUCCAGAAAGGCAAUCUUAUAACUCAUCAGAGAAUUCAUACAGGAGAGAAACCUUACAAAUGUAGUAGAUGUGAGAAAUCCUUUUCCAUUGGCUCAGUUCUUAGAAAACAUGAGAAAAUUCAUACUGGAAGAAACCUUACCAAUGCGCUGAAUGUGACUAAUCCUUUAUCCAGGAAGCCAGGCUUAGAACUCAUCAAAGAAUUCAUACAGGAGAGAACCUUAUAAAAGCAGUGGAUAGAGCAAAGUCUUUGCCAACCUCUCAGGUCUAAGAAAACAUAAGAAAAUUCAAACUGGAGACCAAAGUUUUCAUAUUAAAUAAUGUAUAAAGCCUAUGCUUUUUAUCCAAGCUCUGUCAUUAUGGGUCACUGCAAGCUCCACCCUAGAGAAUCAUGAACAUGAGAAACUUGUGAAAGCCUUUAAGUAAUGCUCAAAUCUUAGAAAAAUUCAAGACUUUAUACUGAGGAAAAAUUCUGGAACUGUGACAUUGUAGGAAAAUUUUUGUUAAAACAUUUUACUUUUUCAACCUCAAAUACUUCAUAAUGAAGACAAAAUGGAGAAGUCUAAAAAUGUGCUGUUGGGUAGCAGUUUUCUGGAGACUGAAGCAUUCCAUCCUGUGGGGAAGCUGAUUAGGACAAGAAAUAAGCCAUUUAAAAAAAGCUUCAAGAAGUUCCUGAAACUGACAGGAUUCACUAUGCUUAAUCCCAUGGAAGAAAUUUAUACCAUUCUUGCUGCUUAGAAGAGGCUUUGACAAAUUAAGCCAGUAAGAUACAGUCCUCUUUAACAUGUAGGUAUACCUACAGUGUGUAGUAUGCUGUGAGUAUCCACAGUUCAAAAACUGUAUUUCAUGCUGACUUGGAGUUUCAUGAUGACAACUGUCUUUAUGUAACUUUUGCUUUUGUAAGCAGCUCCAGUUCCAUAUUUAUGUGAGUAACCCCAGUAAAGCCCAUUGGUUCAACAACAUGGA